AUGGACCAUUUGAUACUUCAGGUUGUCCUUCUCUCCAUAGCAGUGAGUUUCUGUCAAUUACAAAGUCAAGAUAACCAUGUGGUUCCACCUACAUUCCUUAAUGUUUCCAAGAAUCUAGAUCUUCAGCAGCUGUUACUGGAAUGGGAUGUUAGUGAUGAAACAUAUCACUCUGAGAAACAAAUGAUUUUUAACAUCCAAAUCAACCAAACUGGAGCAAGUAAUAUUGUCUGGAAUGAGAAUUUCACGACAACUCUCGACAAAUUAAAUCGACCAAUACGAUGGAGGUGGGUGUCCAAAGAGCGCAUGGAGUGUAUGUCAUAUGCAGUAAGAAUCCGGAGUUUGGGGGCAAGGGAAAGCGAACCAGUGUCUGAAUCUUGGAGUGACUGGACUAAGUGGACGGAAGUGAAAGGCAUGGACAUAGAAGAUUCCAAGUCUUACAUAUUCCCGAACGACAAGGUUGUUGAAGAAGGGUCAAAUGUCUCCUUUUGCUGCAUUGGGAAAAAGGGACAAAUGAUAACAACUUUAUUCGUUGGUAACAUCUGUAACUAUUCAGCAAGUACAAGCCACAGAAGAGUGGUGUUUACAGUAAAAAAUGUCUGCGUUUCACGACCAGGUGGAACUGUAGUGGCCUGUGGUAUCUAUGGUCCUUGGACAACACUCUUUGUGACCCGACCGCCUGGUGAACCCAAAAAUCUGUCUUGUGAAACAGAAGACAUGGAAACAUUAAAGUGUUCUUGGCAGCCUGGAUCAGAAGAUAAACUUGCGGGGAGGCGUUCAGUACAAUUUAUCCUGUCUGAUAGGUCUAAUGGGAAAGUGUAUUACCCUGAACAGUCCUCAAACAGCUGCUCAUUCAAAAUUGGCACUCAAACCACCUACAACUUAAGACUGACGGCCAGAAAUGAUCUGGGGGAGAAACAUACUAACCUUAGUUUUGAUGUAGCCCACAGAGUUCGUCCGGCACCCCCUUUUAACCUCAAUGCUUUUGAUAUACUUUCUAUUACCAUCAAGCUACGCUGGGAAAUGAAACCUAAGCUUGACCUGCUUUGCCAAAUUGAAAGUCGUCAUCCAGAUGGGAAAGUGGACCUGCACAACAGUACAUCACAUAGCACUAAAUCAUAUUAUACUGUGAGUGGGUUACAACCUUAUACCAAGUAUACAUUUCGAGUACGCUGUGGUGCCAACCAGCACUUCUGGAAAUGGAGCAAAUGGAGCGAAUCAAAAACUACACAGACAGAAAAAUCCGCUCCAUCAGGGUAUCUUGAUGUCUGGAGACGCAUUCACCCAGGUGUGAACUCUUGCAAUGUAACUGUCUUCUGGAAGCCAUUUCCAGGCUUUCGUGCUAAUGGGGAAAUCAAGACAUAUGAGAUAAUCUGGGAAAUGUUAGGAGAACAUCGUGGGUCUAAGGAGGUCCCUGCAUCACACAAUUCCACAGUGCUUUUUCUUAACAAAUGUUCGGGUAACAUCACAGUCUUGGCAAAGAAUUCUGUAGAUUCAUCCCCUCCUUCUGUGAUCGUCAUCUCAGCAGAGAACGGUCACACUUGGGACUUUAAUGCAACUAAAGAAGAUACAAUCAACAACACAAAGGCAGGCAUUUACAUCUCUUGGAAGCCUCGAAGUCCGUAUGAUGGCUAUGUCAUUGACUGGUGCAAUCACCCAAGAGUCGAGCCUUGUGACUUUCAGUGGAAUAAAUUUGGACGAGACCAGUCCAGUGCUCUCAUUACAUCAGAUGCUUUCGUUCCUGGAGUGCAAUACAUUUUCAGGGUGUAUGGAUCUCUCGGUAAUACAGCUACUUUACUGGAGAGGAAAGCCAAAUACCUUAAAGAGCUGGAGCCAGCUAGUGUCCCUGAACUGCAUAUAGUCACGGCGAAUUCCAAACUGCUGAAACUCACAUGGGAUUAUGAUCAUCUUAAUGAGUCCCAUCCUGGUUUUAUCAGAGGUUACAGUGUUUUUGUGAAAGUUAAAGAUGGAAACUGCACAUUAGAAGAAUCUGAAAAGUUUGUAUUUCAAGAUGGUUUGGUAGUAUGCAAGUACGCAGUUAAAUGGCCCGAUGAAAAGAAGUUGAGAGUGAACCAGCCGGAGCCGAACAAAGAGUACUGGAUUGAAGUUCUUGCUUUCAGCACCAGCCCCCCAAGUAUCACACAUGACAUUAUCAAAGGAACUACACAAAUUAAGAACGUAUUCAUACCGCCUGAUGGAAAUUCGGUUUUUCAACCCCUCCUGCUACUGACGGUGAUUCCUUUAGCGCUGCUAACUUGUAUAUGUUUCUGGAAAAGUGACUGGGUCAAGAAUCGCUGUUGCCCUAAAAUCCCCCAUCCCCAUGUGACCCCAAUUAAGGUUCUUCAGAUGUACCCUAAAACUUUACUGGCGCCAAAUGACUUCUCUCCCAACAACGUUAUAGAGGAGCACAAAUCACAGCCAUGGAGUCGUGAGGAGAAAAACUACGACGACAGUCAAGGCCUCUAUGCCGCGACGUCUGCCGUGGAAUCUGUAGCCUUUGGAAACAUAACCUACUUCACCAACGGCUCAGACCAUUACCAGAGUCUACUCCUGCAAGAGUCUGAAAGGCAGAAACCAGAACUGGCUUUGGCCUCCUACAAGCCACUACAGUGCUUUGCCCUUAUGACUAAUCCUUCCAGUUUAAAUUAUGUUUCUCAAGAGGACGUGCGUUUCCCUGGGGUUAGGCAAGGCAACCCGGCCGGAACUGUCAAUCCUGUGGAACCAUCAGAUUUCAAGCCUCAGCAGGCUUUAGGAUCUGAAUCGAGUAACCCCGAGGCGUCCGAGGAACCAAUAGAUAUCCUUUGGCGAGCUAUAAACUAA